GGGUAGGGAGUCCCUGAAACAUUGAGCUUCUGGGAGCUGCACGGCAGGUGGGAGGACUCAGAGCCCACCCCAGACUGUGUGUGUGUGUGUGGGGGGGGGGAGUGUUGAUGAAUUUGGGGCGAUUCAGCUAUGGAAUUUUGGGGUGAUCCCUCCUUCCCCCCCCAGAACAACCCGAAGAUCAAGGACAUCCUGGCCAAGUCCAAGGGGCAGCCCAAGAAGCGGCUGACCCACGUCUACGACCUCUGCAAAGGGAAGAACAUCUGCGAGGGCGGCGAGGAGAUGGACCACAAGUUCGGCGUCGAGCAGCCCGAGGGCGACGAUGAGCCCGGCCGGGAGAAGGGUCAUGGUAGCUGUGGGUGCUAUCAGCCGCUGUACUGACACCAUUAAUAACCCCAUUAAUUAAUCUAUUAACAACCUUUCCAGGGGCACAGUGGCUGCAGGCACUACCAGCCCCGUUACUGACGCCAUUAAUUAAUGACCUUAUUAAUAUCUUGUAGGGGCACAGUGGCUGCAGGUGCUACUGAUCCCAUUAGUGACCCCAUUAAUUAAUGACCCUAUUAAUGGCCUUUUUAGGGCNGA